UUGUGUGUGUGUGUGUGUGUGUGUGUGCUCAUGCUUGUGAGUAGGGGGAGAGAGAGAGAAAGAGAGAGAGAAGCGUCAUGCUCCAUAAAGCUGCUCUGAUACUCCAAGUUUAGUGUUACUCCAACACAUACUGUUUUCUGGAAGGACUUUCACACACUGCACGUGACGGCUUCUCAUUCGUCAAUCCAGACUCCACUGUUUUCAGUGCAUAAUCACGGAUCCAGUUUGCAGCCUGGACACUAUGGUAGCCGAAGAGGCAUCUAGAGCAACCUUGAGGACUAAUGGGGAUUGUUUUACUGAUCCUUUUUCUUCACUACUGGCUUAGUGCAGUAGAAGGCAGCUGUGGGGCAGAAGGCGCGCGGACGUGCGGCGAGUGCGUGCAGCUGGGGCCGCAGUGCGCGUGGUGCUCUCUACAGAAUUUCACAGAUUCUUUAGUGGUGAGCGAGCGCUGCGGUACACGUGAGGAUCUUCUCCUACAGGGAUGUCCGCAAGAGUUCAUGCAGUUCCCAGUGAACACUAUGGAGCUUCUGGCUGACAGACCGUUAGGGAAAAGUGCAGGAUCCACUAAUGUGUCCUACAUUUCACCCCAGAGGAUGGCACUCAGACUUCGGCCAGGAGCCCAAGUGAACUUUCAAGUAAAAGUACAACAAUCAGAAGACCAUCCAGUUGAUAUCUAUUAUCUUAUGGACCUCUCAGCUUCGAUGUUUGAUGAUCUGCAAAGAAUCAGAAACCUGGGGUCGACUCUUUCCAAAGAAAUGGCAAGCCUCACAAGUAAUUUUCGAUUGGGAUUUGGUUCGUUUGUGGAGAAACCAGUUCUGCCAUACAUUAAAACUACUCCAGAGGAGCUGGCAAACCCCUGCAGAAGUGUAGAAUAUACCUGCCCACCUACAUUCGGAUACAGGCAUGUCCUUCCUUUGACAAGCAGUACGGACCAGUUUAAUAAAAUCAUUUCUGAACAACACGUCUCAGCAAACAAUGACAUUCCAGAGUGCGGCUUUGAUGCCAUCAUGCAGGCAGCAGUGUGUGGGGAUAAGAUUGGGUGGCGGAAUGAUUCCAUGCGCUUGCUGGUUUUUGCAAGUGACGCAGAUUCUCAUUUUGGGAUGGACAGCAAAAUGGCCGGCAUCGUCAUUCCUAAUGAUGGACAAUGCCACCUUGACAGCAACAAUGAGUAUUCCAUGGCAGGCCACUUGGAGUAUCCAACCUUAGGACAGCUUAUAGACAAGCUGGUGGAAAACAACAUCCUCCUCUUAUUCGCAGUGACAGAAAAUCAGAGACAAACCUACGAGAGCUAUGCAAAUCUAAUUCCUGGUGCAACUGUGGGUGUGUUGGAAAAUGAUUCCCGGAACAUUCUCGAACUGAUCUUGACUGCAUAUAAGGAGUUGAGGUCCGAGAUUGAGAUGGAGGUUUUGGGGGACACUGAAAAUCUCCAGAUUUCCUUCACAGCUUUCUGUCCAGAUGGUACAAUCCACCCAGGGCUUAAACACUGCUCCAAUGUCAAAGUUGGAGACACAGUGUUUUUUAAUGUGACGGUGGAGCUGGACAGCUGCCUGGACGCUCCACAUCAUUUCUCACUGCGGCCCGUGGGCUUCCAGGACACACUGGAGGUGGAACUGGAUCCACUGUGUGUGUGUGAUUGCCAGAGGACCCCUGAGCUGAACAGCACCCACUGCAAUGAAGGACGAGGAGCUCUGGAGUGUGGCACAUGUGUAUGUGACCCUGGGUUCGUAGGCCCCAGGUGUGAGUGUGCAGAGGAAAAAGGUCAAGUCAUUGACUGCAGGGCCAACGAUAGUGCAGAAGUGUGCAGCGGCCAGGGCGAGUGCUUUUGCGGCCAGUGUGUGUGCAACCCAUCCAGCUUCGGGCUCCUGUAUGGAAAAUACUGCGAGUGCGACAACUUCUCCUGCCUCCGAUUCAGAGGGAAGCUGUGCGGAGGUCAUGGAGAGUGUGACUGUGGUGAGUGUGUUUGUCAUGAGGGAUGGACGGGCGAAUAUUGCAACUGCAGCACAAGCACACACACCUGUGAGUCAGCGGAUGGGUCAGUCUGCAGCGGCCGUGGAAAGUGUGUAUGUGGGAAGUGCGAGUGUUCUGUUUCCGGAGCUUCAGGGGAUAAGUGUGAGAAGUGCGCUACAUGUGGAGAUGUCUGUAGCUCAACCAGGUCUUGUGUGGAGUGUUAUCUGAAAACUGAUGAACCCUCAGAAGAGUGUGCCUAUAAGUGUAACACCGUUCAUACCACUGUCACCAAUUCUACAGACAUAGAUGAGCGCCACGCAGUGAUGUGUGCUCUUCGAAGUGAGAACGAAUGCCUGAUCUCCUUCACAUUAGUGGGUGGAGAAAAAGGCAGCACUGUGUACAAGUUAGGGCUUGAUUGUCCUAAGCCUCUAAAUAUCGCCCUAAUCGCUCUGGGUGUUUGUAUGUCUGUACUCACUAUUGGCAUUAUACUUGCGGUGGUUUGGAAGCUUUUUAUAUAUGUCCACGACCAAAAGGAGGUUGCUAAGUUUGAGGCAGAGAGAACAAAAGCAAAAUGGCAAUCAGGCACAAAUCCUCUUUUCCGAAGCUCAACAUCGACAUUUAAGAAUGUAGCAUAUAAACAUACAGUUAGACAGAGAGAUGUUAUCUGCUGACAAGUCUAAAGGACAAAGUAAUAUAAUCUGACUGUAAAGUAUUUUUCAUCGUGCGGUGUGUUUCUGUGUGUAAAUAUAUGUGUGACUUUGUUUUUUGUUUUUUUUUAAGUAUUUUUUCAGAGCCAUGCUAUGGGAAAUAUUUUAUAUUGUUAAUAUAUUUGCUGCUAAAUGAAGUCAGCAAAUGCAGAAUUGUUAACGAACUUUGAUAAAAAAAAAAAAAGUGAAGUAGAAAACAAUAUAUAUUUUCAUUUUUUGGGGAAAAUAUUUACAUUUAUUGAUUAUUACUCAGUGGAAUCAGCUGAAAUUGCACACUCUAGAUUUCUUUUUAAAAGUUUUUAUUGCUCGAAGCAAUACUUUUGCCCUGUGUGUGCAGAGUUUGUGUAUUCUCCCUGUGCUUUAGGGGUUCCUCUAGGUACUCUGGUUUCCUCCCUCAGCCCAAAGACAUUAUAGGCUGACUGGCAUCUCUAAAUUGUCCAUAGUGUGUGAAUGAGUAUGUUAGGUUCCCCAUGACCCUGUGUAGGAUAAGCAGAAAAUGAAUGGAUGGAUGGAUUUUAUUGGCUAGUGUAUAUUUCAUGAGUUUGUGUUAUAAAGUUAUCGAAGGAAAUAGGAGACAAGAUAAAACGUGAAAACCAAAAACACAUUUUUUUGGUGGAUCGUCUAACUAAAGCAACUCUGUUUUUGUGGUUUUAAAUAUUGAAAGGUUUAAAUGUAGAGGAUGUCAUGACUACUGCAUGGAAAUGUUGACUCAUUGUUUUAGCUGGAAGUUCACACAAAGUUUAGGUUUGCGUAAAUAGUUCAAAGUGGGCUGAAUAGUACCCAAUCUUGGACGAUUAAGUUUACCAUUUUGGGUUUAAAGUAUAAGUGUUGCAGAUAUAAACAUCUUUGUAACAUCAUCGUCUGAUCAUUUUAAACAAAGGUGUUGAUACUUUGAUUAUAUGCUAAUGCUAACUACUGUAAGUCAUAACACUGGACAUAUUGGGUUAGCAUUCUUUCAGAUUAUGUUGUGGUGUGUGAUUGUGUCUGUGUUUGUUUCUGUGUGUGUCUCUGAGUGUGUGUGUGUGUGUGUAUGUGUUUCUGUGUGUGUCUCUGAGUGUGUGUGUGUGUGUGUUUCUGUGUGUGUCUCUGAGUGUGUGUGUGUGUGUGUGUGUGUGUGUUUCUGUGUGUGUGUCUGUGAGUGUGUGUGCCUUAUGUUGCCUAUGAUACACUGAGGCUGAUACACUGAGGCUGAGCCUUGUGCUGUUUAUUUGUCCUAAGUUAAAUUUUCAACCUCAAAUAAAGUUGUAUUUUUGCUGGCAAA